AUGUCCAGUCACUCUGCAUGUCCAUAUCAUUCUGAAUGUCCUCGCACGAGAGCCAGAAAGAUCCAAUACGCAACCAUUUCGGACCGGAUCGAGUUCACACGCCAACCGUCCCUCCCCUUGACUCCACACCUCUCAGGUAUCACCGUUCUCUUGCAAAGCAAGGACAACAACCGGGCGGCAGACAAGUCAGUGCUCGACGAUGCUGAAGUGGCACAGAAGCUAGCCAUUUCCAAGACUCUCAGACGCCGGUCAGAUGAGACAGAAGAGCAAGUUGCUUUCAGCCUCAAGCAGGAGCAGAAGCUGCUGUACAAGAAUGAUCUCGCUGACAUGGACAUGGCCAACGGAUCUUGGAACUGCUGCAACUGCGGCACAAACAACCUGAUGUGGGAUGCGUCGUGUUGGUACUACUGUCCAUCACCACCCCGUACCCAGGCCAUCUCCCAUCAUCAGCAGAGUGCGUGCGUGCACAUGCAGCGCAUCUCACCACACGGCAAGAUGCGGCUGCGGCACAUCCACCUGCCCUCGGACCCCGCCCGCGGCAUAUUUCCGUCUUACCGCGCAGCAGCCUACAUCCAAGACCGCCUCCGCCGCUCCCUCCUCGCCGCCAAGGCCGCCUCCUCAUCAGACACCACCAGCCCGCAGCCGCCACCACCUCCCCCAACCCUCCUCACCUUCACCCCGCAGCCGACAUACACCCUCGGCCGCCGCCAGUCCUCCACACUCCUCCCGCCCAGGACCCUAGCCCGCCUCUCCGCGCCCUUGCACGUGGCCCCCCUGCCCAGCCCCUUCACGCCCGCCGUCCUGCCCUCCCCGCGGGGCGGGCUCACGACCUACCACGGCCCGGGCCAGCUCGUCCUCUGGCCCGUCCUCGACCUCCGCUCGCGCGACCUGGCGAGGCCGCCGCAGCAGCAGCAGCCGCACACGGUGCGCUCCUACGCCGCUCUGCUUCAGGACACCACCGCCACCAUCCUGCGGUCGCGCUUCGGCCUCGCCCCCUUCACCACCGAGGACCCGGGCGUGUGGGUGCGCUCGCCGCCGACACCGACACCGGGCGGGAGUGCUGGCGGCGCUGCUGCUGCUGCCGAGGAGGAGGAGGAGGCAGAGGGCGGCGAGCUGCGCAAGAUCGCCGCCAUGGGCGUGCACCUCCGCCGGCACGUCACGGGCCUCGGCGUGGCCGUCAACCUCUGCACGCCCACCACCCGCGGCAGCGGCGGCAGAGCGGAAAGCACCACCACCGACCACCAUAGCCCCGAAGGCCAAGAUGAGGCGGCCAACCCCUGGGCGCGCUUCGUCGCCUGCGGCCUCGAGGGCAAGGGCGUGACCUGCGUCCGGGAGGAGCUCGACCUCAUCCGCCACCACCACCACCACCGCCAGGAUGCAGCGCCGCCGCCAUCGCCGUGGGAGGGCGACCCGGCCGACCUCUCGGGCGCGGCGGACGCGUGGGCGGCCGAGCUGGCGCAGCGGCUCGGGCUCGGCGCGCCGUGGCGCCUGGGCGACGGCGCCGCGCGGGAGCUGCUCGCCGCCGCCGAGGAGGAGUCGCGGCGGGAGGCGGAGAUGGAGGAAGCUAUUACGGAGGAAGGUGUGCAGUGA